AUGGCCCUGAGCCAGAGUUCUCACAUCAAUGAUCAAUAUGAGACGGGAGGUCACCUCAGUAGCCGCACUACACCCACGUCUGAACCGGACAGCAGAGCAUCGAGCGGCUCUAGAAAACGUGUUCCAGUUGCUUGCGAGAGAUGCCGGAAACGCAAAAUCAAAUGCAGCGGCAACGAAGGUGAUAGACAAGCAUGUGCAAACUGCAAGAACUCGGGGCUGGAGGACUCGUGUCGCUUUCUACGGGUCUCCUCGGUAGAUCCUAGCCAAUAUGGCUUUCGGGGAUGGCACGGGCCUCCACGGUAUUCACCAUAUUCCCUUCCUACGCACCAUCGUCUGAAUUACGUCUCGAUGCCCUCGAGAUGUAGCCCACAAAGCAGUCUGCAAUAUCAUGCUGUCCCCAAUGGCAUUGACUAUGGUGGAUACACUAAUCAAAGUUCAAAUGUUGACUGGGGAAGAGCACAAUACGUCGGACCCUACUCGCCAUACCCAGAUGACGAAGAAUCCAGUCCUUACACGACCCAGCCACCUCCAUACAUUCUUCCAAACACGGAUCCAAUGUCAACAAACAACGCUUACUAUGUCCAUGGUCAUGGGGUUCGACCACAUCCUGGCGCGCUUUGGCCAGAGACCCAGCAAUAUGUCCCUCAGCCCAAUUCUCAGGCAAGUGGCACAUCCUAUACAAUGCCCAACGAAGCGCCUCAAUCGUUCCAGACAAUGGGGGCUGGUGGAAAUCUGCCAUCAGACCGCAUCCUGCCCCAACCAAUCAAUGCACGCAGCUACAUUCCUACACCAGCCAGUUCAGUCGAUCUGCCGGUUUCUGCUGCAAGUCAACGCAGCCAAACCUACUGGAACGGUGAUGGUGUUACAUCUGUUCAGCAGGUCUCAACCCCAGUAGAACCAAGUGGAGGUCAAGAACAACACAAUUCCAGGGAGAACAUCCCCUACCGAGUUCAGGACAUGACAUACGGCCAGAUGAGUUUGGGCGACGUGCUCUCUGCGACGUCAGUGGCAUCCGGCGAGCAGCUUGCCGUCAAUGAAGCCCAGCCCGCAGUAGUAACGUCGGCCCCGACGGACGACACUCUCUCACAACAUUCGCCUUUGGGUGCGGUCUCUCACCAAACCUUGAAGUCCACGGUGGCGGAUCAUGCUGUGGCAUACGGAUACAAAGGCUCAGUUGAUGGGCACAACUCACAACCCAUGAGAGCUGCCAAUCAGUCCUUUCCUGGUUCAUUCUAUGGACGAGCCCUAGUCUCACAGCAAGAACCUGGCGCACAUGACUGCAGUCCAGACUUUUCUGGUUGUCGGACGGCUGAGUCGACUCGCACCACAGCCAUUUCGCUCAGCAAUACCUCUUCAAAAUACUGA